UACUAAAAUUUAAUUUUAAAAAUAUUUUAUCUCAAACCGUCGUUUAAUACAUUUCCCAAACGGGACAGACGUUGAAGUUGCAGCGCUUAUCUCUGGCGACGGCUCUCAAACCCCACCGCCUCCACUCCAAGCGUACCGAAAAUGGCGACGACGAUGAGCACUGAAUCCUCCUCCAUGAAAGACGCCUUCUCCAAACACGCCGAUUACCUCAACAAUCUCAACGACAAGCGGGAAAGGGUCAUAAAAGCAAGUCGCGAUAUCACCAUUAACAGCAAAAAGGUCAUCUUUCAGGUCCACAGAAUCAGUAAACACAACAAAGAGGAAGUUCUGCAGAAAGCCGAAAAGGAUUUAGCAGCUGUGACGGAUCGGUACAUUUCCCGACUGGUUAGAGAGCUGCAGGGGACUGAUUUUUGGAAGCUGAGACGAGCAUACUCACCUGGGGUACAAGAAUAUGUUGAAGCUGCAACCUUUUGUAAAUUUUGCAGGACUGGGACUCUUUUAAGUCUUGAUGAGAUAAAUGCCACCUUGCUGCCACUCAGUGAUCCGUCUCUUGAGCCGUUGCAGAUCAAUGUACUCGACUAUCUUCUCGGGCUUGCAGACUUGACCGGAGAGCUGAUGCGGUUGGCAAUUGGUCAAAUUUCAGAUGGAGAACGUGAAUUUGCUGAUAAGAUAUGCAAGUUUGUGCGUGAAAUUUACAGGGAACUGACCCUUGUUGUCCCACUUAUGGAUGAUAGCAGUGACAUGAAGCUGAAAAUGGAUACAAUGAUUCAAAGUGUAAUGAAGAUAGAAAAUGCUUGCUUUGGUGAUCAUGUGAGAAGAUCAGAGUAUAUGCCACUACCUGGCUCUGACGAUCAAACUUCGUUCUUAUUGGCAGUGCCCGAUGUUGAAAUAUGAUGCAACUCGUGAUCAUUACGUUCUCAUUCUUACCGCUUAAGUACUUAUAUUACGUGUGUUCUAAUUAACUAAGGAGAAAAGUUCUUGAUUUCGACAGGGAAAGGUUAGGAUUUCAAGGAGCGUAUAUGGGCACCUGCAUUAUUGUUCGGAUGUAUUGCGGUUCAUCAUCAUUAUCUUGUGGUCGCUGCUUGAUGAACAAUUCCUGCGUAUGUUUUCUUAGUAAAUCUGUAAGCUUUAAAAUUUCUUCUCUUUGUAAAUUUAUGGGGAUUAGAUUUGUAGAGCUUGGAGCGAAACCCUUUCACACGAGGUUCACUUGCGAUUUAUGUGCAUGGUUAGUUCGGCGAACCAUGAGGGAACACUGAUGCAGCUGUCUGACGCAGCUGUUGUACGUACUAAGGCCUUAAAUAUAUAACCAUAUGGCAUAAAACUACGAACAUAAGACAUGGACACAUGUAGCUAUGUCAAAUGAAUGGUGUACCUGACGGACUUUGACCUGUUGCGCCAUUUUCGCUACCUACCUGCAAGAAGCCACGAUGAGCCGCAGUUUUGUAUUGAACUCACUAGAAAUAUAUAUUGUCGUUGCAUUCAUGUGAGUUGAACAUAUCGAUACCUCCUCCGACCAAGUGUCGUUAAAUCAUGUAAUCAUGUGCAUUUACCUUGCCACUUGAGGAGAUGGACUUGUGCUUCU